UAUCAGUCAUCAGAUAAGUUCCGUUCCGUGGUUAUCCCAUUAGCCUUUCUCCCACACAAACACAAACACACACACAAACUAUAUUUUAAAUACAUAUUGCACUUCUUCAAUCGUCUCUUUCAAUCAAUCAAUCUCCUCGUUGCUUUGUAUAUUAUUAAUUAACGUCGACAAUAUUAACCAUUGUGUUUGGAUUUGUUUGAUCAGAGGCGGCGUUGCGUGUGUGUUUUUUUCUUCUUCUUCUUCUCUGUCUCUCUCUCUCUCUCUCUAUCUCUCUUGGGAAAAUGAAGGAAAACGCAGGAAACCCAUUGCACCUGACUUCACUAAACCACGUCUCGCUCUUGUGCCGAUCCGUUGAUGAGUCUAUGAAUUUUUACCACAAGGUGUUAGGUUUCAUCCCGAUCAGAAGACCUGAAUCCUUAAAUUUUGAAGGAGCUUGGUUGUUUGGUCAUGGAAUUGGAAUACACCUCCUGCGUUCCCCAGAACCAGAGAAACUUCCUAAGAAAACUGCCAUUAAUCCCAAGGAUAAUCACAUUUCUUUCCAGUGCGAGAGCAUGGGAGCAGUGGAGAAGAAGCUAGAGGAUAUGGAGAUCGAGUAUGUGAGGUCGCUAGUAGAAGAAGGUGGGAUCCAAGUGGACCAGCUCUUCUUCCAUGACCCUGAUGGCUUCAUGAUCGAGAUCUGCAACUGUGACAGCCUCCCCGUUGUGCCCCUCGUAGGAGGAAUGGCUCGGUCCUGCUCAAGAGUCAAACUCCACCAGAUGGUGCAGCCACAACCGCAGACUCAUGUCCACCAAGUGGUCCACCCUUAGGCCUCUCUCUUUUGUUUGUGUGUGUAUCAUUGUGUGCUUGAAUAUUUGAGUGUAAUCAAUAAGAGACCGAUGUGAAUCAGCGAAUGUGAUUCCCCUCGAGGAAAUGACCAUUCUCUUUUGCUCCACAUGCUAUAUAAUAUUAUCAAGGGAAAUAAUAUUUACAUACAUGUGUAUUGGUUGAUUUA